AUGACCAAUCUAGACACUUGCUAUGAAGGCCUCAAAGAGGCCAAAUCAUACUCUAACGUGGUCCAAAAUCUUUCUCCCAUAAUCUCAAAUGGUACAAUGUUUUUAAGCCUGUCUCUUGCCCUUUUUACUAAGGGUUGGGUACGCAAAACUAAUACAAAUAACUAUAAUGCCUUGGAAUUUAACCAUAUUAGAAGCGAAAAUAUUGAUGGUAAUAGUAUCAACAAUAUGAGGAAGUUGCUUCAACUAGGUGAGGCGGGGAUUAUUGUGAACAAUAUGGUGGUGGUGAAUCCUGAUGGGAGUGGGAAUUUUACCACUAUCAAUGAUGCAGUUGAUGCAGCUCCCAAAAACACUAAGGCAAAUUCUGGUUAUUUUGGAAUAUAUGUAGCUGGUGGAAUUUAUGAAGAGUAUGUCAACAUUCAUAGCAAUAAGAAGUAUUUGUUGAUGGUUGGAGAUGGCAUUAAUCAGACUAUAAUCACCGGUAAUCGGAGCGUUGGUGACGAAUGGACUACUUACAAAUCCGCUACAUUUGCUGUGGCUGCCGUAGGAUUUCUAGCAGUAAACAUAACCUUCCGUAACACAGCAGGAGCAGAGAUGCACCAAGCAGUGGCGCUUCGAAACGGAGCUGAUCUUUCAACCUUUUAUAGAUGCAGCUUUGAAGGGUAUCAAGACACAUUGUAUGCACAUUCUAUGAGACAAUUUUAUAAGGAAUGUGACUUUUAUGGUACUGUCGAUUUCAUAUUUGGUAACGCGGCAGCAGUAUUACAAAAUUGUAACAUAUAUGUUAGACAACCAUUAAAAGGCCAAUACAACCUCAUAACUGCUCAAGGCCGAACCGAUCCAAACCAAAAUACAGGAUUUUCAAUGCAGUGUUCCUCUUUUAAGGCUGCCGAUGACUUAACAUCUAGCGAUUUCGCCGUCAAGACUUAUCUAGGGAGGCCAUGGAAGGAGUAUAGAACAGUGUACAUGCAAUCUUUCAUGGAUAGUUUGAUUGAACCUGAUGGUUGGCAUGAAUGGUCUGGAAGUUUUGCACUUGACACAUUGUAUUAUGCUGAGUACAAUAACAUUGGACCUGGAUCUAGUACUGCUGAUCGUAUCACUUGGCCUGGGUACCAUGUGAUUAAUGAGACCAUUGCUUCUUAUUUUACUGUAAAUUAUUUCAUAGUAGGCAACUUUUGGUUGCCUUAUACUGGUGUGCCUUAUACCUUAGGUUUACUUUGA